CGCUAUAGCUAUCGCCAGGCUCGUGAGAUUCUCGCCAGUUGAAAAUUUUUCGUCGUACUCUCGUAACAACAAAGGCGAAUCCGAAAAUCCGAUACGUUUCAGAGUCGCAAACAGUCAAGAGUUAAGCACAAAUCGCCACUAAAAGCUAAAAGGCUAACAAGCUGAAUCGCACUGAUUCGCACGUAGCCAGCCAAACGGAAGGACUCCUCCGCAUCCACAGCAGCAGCAACGGCGAGCAGCACGAACAACAUCCACGGAUGAUAACGUAACGUAGCCGCAACGUUGGAGCAACACCACCUUCCACAUCCACUUCCACCGCAGCGGACAUCGCAAACAAGUAAAUUACCAUUUCUCAUUUUAUCAAACAGAAAUCUGCCAGCCAAGUACCAAUCCAAUCAAAUCGAAUCGAAUCAAAUCAAAUCGAGUCCAAAUCAAAUCAAUGCAUCCAAAUCCAAGUCUGAGUAUCCAAAUUGCAUAAGAGUCGCGUCUGCGCAGUGAAGCAUUACUUGUCGCGAGCAUUACUUAUCGCCCGUCCACUUGGUUGGAGUUCCGGCUCCCGAAUCCGUACCCAAUGUCACCCAAGUCAACCCGAUUUUGAUUCUGAUUCGGCCCGGUCAAGGAGCCAGCGCCAGCCAAGUCAAGACAGUGCUCGAAAAUAAUGCUAGAUUCUCGAUUAUCGAUUCUUGGUUCUCCAUUCAAGAUUCUGACACGCGCCAAACCGAACAGAAAAGAAUAGAAUCGAACCGUACCGAACCGAACCGAGACGCAGAUCCAAAAAAAGAACAAAACGCUAACUGAUUACAAAGUAUACAGAUCUUGUGUAUAGGUAUUUCGUAAACGCGCCUCUGUCAACUGCUCGAUUUAACGCGGCACAGUUUCGAUUUGCAGAUCAUCACUACAUCCACACCCGACAUGUCGGCGGCCCGCCUGCCCUACUAUCAGCGGGAUCAGGAGGACGGCCACCAGCGGCGCGCCGCACGCGGCCAUCAGCGCGGCUACUACGAGCGUGGCUCUGGUUCCGGAUCCUCCAGACGAGAGCACAGUCGCUACAGUCGCAGCCGUUCGCGUUCCCGCAGUCGCAGCCGCUCCGCCGAACGCUUUGGCCAGCGUCGCCGCCACCAGAAACGGCAGUCAUCCCGUUACCACAGAGACCGCGACUCCAGAGAUCGCUCCCGAGAUCGCUCCCGAGAUCGCUCUAGGGAUCGCGAACGUGAUCGCGAUAGGGACCACUCAAGGCGCUCCAGCCACUAUCGACGCUCGGAAUCGCCGUCCUCUUCUGACAUUGGCCAUGGAUCCAACAACAGUCAACGAAGAGGCCACCAUGCAUCAUCAUCCAGUAAAUCGGAGCUAAGCGCCGUACAGAAGGCAGCCGCUGCAGCUGCCGCCGCCACAAAUCAAGUCCAGUUGGCUGGCAAGAGCAGUGCCGCGUCCGCGGUGGGCGCCUACUACAACCUGGACACCGACGAGCCCUUUGACAAGGAGCGCAUCCACCGCGAAAUGGAGCAGAAGCUGCGCGAAGCACUGGCCAGGGAGGGCAAAGUGUAUCCGCCGCCAAAGCCUGAGCCACCAUCGCAUCCUGUCUUCGCCAACGACGGCUCGUUCAUGGAGCUGUUUAAGAAGAUGCAGGAGGGCCAAAAGCAGCAAGCGACCAGCCAGUUGAUGCAGCCAUCGGUCAAAGAGGUCCUGCAGCAGCAGUUGGUUCCGCCGGAGGCGGCCUCCACAGGGCCUGCACUGCCGGCCAUUGCAUUGGGAGCUGCCAGCAGUGCUGCGGCGCCGUACAUUGCUGCCGCGGCGGCCGGAAAGCUGGCGCCGCCGCCACCCAUCGUGGGACGACGUCGCGGCGGAAAAGUUCUCAAAACUGGCGUAGUGGCCAAAGUGAAGACGCCCAAUGAGAGCGACGUGGACCCGAAGGACUUCUGGUCGUUGUACCUGGCCGAGGUCAACAAGUACAAGAGCAACGCCUGCGAUACGGACAACGGCAAGCGGCCGCUGGUCAAGUAGUCGCCGAAAUAGUCGCGCUUUCCAUAGAAACAUGAACUUGAACGCAAAAAGAGCGAGAAACGUAUACUGCCCAGACGCAGUACUGCAGAUUCGAUUUUGAUUCGACCAUACCCCUGUUCCCGAGACACCAUCACAUAGCGAUCCCUUCCCGGCCCCUUUGAAAUGUUUUGUACACGAAAACAAGCGAGCAGAGAUGCGUAGCUUAUAGUUUUAGUCGAGAGUGGGUGGGCUUAUGAGCUGCAAGCGCGAGCAGUGUAAUUUGUAUUUUUUUCACACGAAUCGAUAUAAUAUAAUAUAAUAUGAUAUAUACCGCUCAUUAAGCAAACGCAAACUGAAGAACUAACCAUUGUGAUUUAUAUAUCUAUCUCUUCCUUCCCGUUUAUGCACUGAAAUUGUAUUUACGUUUGAUUUCGAUUCGGUUGUGUACCGCCUCACAUCCCAUCCCACCCCAUUGUGUUCAUCUCUUUCUUUUUCAUUUGGACAACGAUCCAUCUGUCCCGGUCUUCGUUUUGGUUUACUAUUUGGUUGCCUUACCGUUUCGUUUCGUUAUGUUUUU